GCUCCACACAAGUUCCUCAAUGCUGACACUCGGAUCCAACAUACUACGCCAUAGAUGUGUACAGAUGUCGAUUUCUGGAUCAUCAAGUCGGUGCGUGCAGACCAGGGGGAUCGGCCGAUCCUUCACACCCAAACUGGGGGGCACCCUGGCCCGCUCCCGCCUGUCCCCGCAGGCUGAACGAGCUCGGCUCUGCGCGCCACUCAUGAUUCAUGCCGCCGCCACCCAUGCUUCAGGUUCAUGACUGACUGGCUUAUGGCUGGCUCCUUUUUUUUAUUUAUCAAGGCAAUGGCCCCCCCCUUGGAUAUGCGAGGGACCUUGCGGCCCAAGAAUUAUUGAUUAAACCUUGAGCAUAGGCAUAUAUGGCCACAAUAAGUGACAACCCGUCCGAUCUCGAGUCCAAGGACGGUUCCGUCAUCGCGGCUGCGGCCGUGACCGUGACAAUUUCCUCGUGCUUUGUUCUUGUGCGCUUCCUCACCCGAUGGACCGUCGUCCGGGCUUUCGGCCUCUCGGAUUGGGCCAUCUUGAUAGCACUGCUGUUUUCCAUCGGUAAUUCCAUAGCAACAACCUUUGAAGUGACUGUUGGUGUGACAGGAAGGCACCUCACAGCGGUCCUUGCUUCCCCUGAUUCCCCUGAUCGAAUGAUAAAUGGAGACAAGGCGGCCUACUUCAAGACAAUCUUUUACAUCGUCAGCUUGGUAACAGUCAAGCUCUCCAUCCUGCUGCUCUACCUCCGCAUCUUCGGCUCGACGACCAUCCACCGCCUCUGCCAUGCUGUCAUCAUCAUCGUCGGCGUCCUCGGCUUCUGGACACUCAUUUCUAGCAUCCUCGCCUGCGUUCCAGUGGCCGCCGCAUGGGAUCCAAUGAGCCACCCCGACGCAUGGUGCUUCCCUGGGCCUCCGAAAUGGUGGUCCGACUUUACCAUCCACAUCCUCACCGAGCUGAUCAUCCUCGUCCUGCCCGUCCGUUUUAUCUACAAGCUCAAUCUUCCGAGGGCCCAGAAGAUCGGGCUCUACGUGCUGUUUGCAUUCGGCAGCGUUGUCUGCCUCGUCUCCCUCCUCCGCCUGCCCUCCCUCAUCACACUCAGCCGCUCCACCGACCCGACCUGGGACGCCGCGACCGUGGCCAUCUGGACGUGCAUCGAGCUCAACAUCGCCAUCAUCUGCGCCUGCUGCAUGACCCUGCGGCCGCUGGUGGCGAGGGUCUUCCCGCGGCUGCUGCCGACGGGCUACCGGCGGCACACGGACGAGCCGCCGAACCACGUGCGCCAGUACCUCGUCACGGUCGGCGGCUCGCGCAAGGACAGGCGCAGGCCCGUGGCCGACCCCUUCAGCCUCGACCACAUCGACCGCAUGCCCGAGUCGCCGCCCAAGACGCCGUCGUCGUCCCGGGACGGCUCGACGACCGAGAUCACAUCGGCGUGGUCGUCGCGGAUGCCGGCGGCGACGUCGUUGGCGGGCAGUCCUGGCGGGUGAGUAUAUCCAUUUGAGCAGUUGACAGUCUUGUACUUUUACUUUGCGGAAUUUAAUAUCAAGCGGCAUCAUUUCAAUUUGAUCUAUCUUCUUCGGUGUUGGUGUUUGUGUGGAUUCACUGUUCAUCACUACUCCACGUGAAUUGCUUCAGGAUAUUCCUACUAAUCUAUCGCCAAAGCUUCCAUUGCUCCUCUCGUUGACCCGUGGGGCUUCACCACAAAUUGCCGUCCCGUCUCUGAAGGCCCUUCCUCUCUUCUCUGCCCGGGAAAACUGGCUCGCAAAUGCUCGGGACCGCUUAACGAGAAUGAG